CGGAAACCUCCUCGAUCACCGCCAAAGCCUCCACGGCCUCCACCUCGCCCACCGAAACCACUGUUGAAGCCACCGCCGCGGCCUCCGAAUCCACCGGGACCGGCAGGGGCGCCUCCAAAACCUCCUGCGCCGCCAGGUCCGCGAGCAGCUGGACCCUUUGUGUAA